AUGGGUGGAAUAUUUUCAUCAAAAAAGAAGGCCCCGUCGCCGCCGCCAGUUUCCGACCAAGAUAAUGCUAUUCUGCAAUUAAAAACGCAGCGGGACAAAAUUAAACAAAUGGUGAAGAGAAAAGAAGCAUGCAUUGAAAAAGAAAGGCUUCUCGCUAAGCAAUUACUUAAAGAAGGCAAAAAAGAUCGAGCUCUUCUCCUCUUGAAAAAGAAACGCUACCAAGAAAAUAUUAUUGAUCAAACACUCAAACAACUAUCAAAAAUUGAGCAAAUGGUGCAAGAUCUCGAGUUUGCUGAAAUUCAGCAACGCGUUGUUGAUGGCCUUCGUCAGGGAAAUGAGGCGCUGAAAAAGAUGAACCAGAUGUUCGACGUCGACGAGAUUGACAGAAUUAUGGACGAAACGAAAGAAGCAGCUGAGUACCAGGAAGAGAUUUCCAACAUGCUUUCCGGGAAGCUCACCAGUCAAGACGUCAGCGAUGUGGAGCGCGAGCUCGAGGAGCUUCUUGCUUCAGAAUCCGGCGUCACGUUGCCAGAAGCGCCAACGCACGAGCUUCCGGAGCGCGAGAAAAUCGCCGCCGAGAAGGAAAAACCGCGGAGAGAACGAGUUGGCAUUGAGGCUUAA